AUGACGUCCGAGACCCUGAGCCAGUCUGAUGAAGAGGCGCGCCCGCGCAAGCAGGCCAAAGAGCCCUACUCGGUCCGACCGAGUUCUACGUCGGGAUGGUUUCCUCUAAGCUAUAAGGAGGGGUUCAGCCAAUGGUAUCGUCAAGUGCUGACGGCUGUCUUCCACCAGUGGGCCAAAAUCCCUGCUGCUGCAGCCGAACAAAAGGUCCUGUCCUUCAUGCCCUAUCUCCAGCAGGCUCCCACGCAGCGCCAGACGGGAAACACAGCAGACAGCCCGGAUGCUUCCAAUGGCGGCACCGACAGUCUCCGGGCGGUCGAUCACAGCCAGAAAGGCGAGGAGACGGCCAAUUCGGUUAAUGACCCGUACGGGCCUCGACUCUGGCGGUCGCGUAUGGUCGAGCUGAGUGGCAAGGAUCGGGCUUUGAACGAGUUCUCCGUCGAGCGCGUGGGCGAGAAGACGGAGCAUAAUCUGGUCAUUCUGCAUGGAUACGGGAUUGGACUGGGCAUGUUUUACAAGAACUUUGAGCCUCUGUCUCGCGCCAAGGGCUGGCGUCUGUACGCGCUCGACAUGCUGGGGAUGGGCCGUAGCACCCGUCCGCCGUUCAAGAUCAAGGCCAAGGACCGCCUGGAAGCGGUCAAAGAAGCGGAGGAUUGGUUUAUCGAUGCGCUCGAAGAGUGGCGGGUGAAGCGGAAAAUCGAACGUUUCACGUUGAUGGGCCACAGUCUGGGAGGAUACAUGGCCGUCGCCUACGCUCUGAAAUAUCCAGGCCACCUCAACAAGCUCAUCCUGGCCUCCCCGGUGGGCAUUCCUGAGAAUCCCUACGCAACGAACGAGGAUCUGCCAGAGCCGUCAGAGUCGUCCUUGUCCAACGAGUUCACCCAAGAUCAAGAGGAUAUCGCCGGGAAUAGCAAGAGAGGCGAUCCCGAAAUCUCCGGCACAAUGACCGUUCCUCGCAGACAGCUUCCACGAUGGUUCACCUAUCUCUGGGAUGCCAAUGUUUCGCCGUUCACCCUGGUCCGUUGGUCGGGACCACUGGGGCCGCGCCUGGUAUCUGGCUGGACGCAUCGACGGUUUUCGCAUUUGCCUCCCGCCGAGGCCCAGGCUCUUCACGAGUACUCGUACUCCAUAUUCCGACUUCGUGGUAGUGGAGAGUAUGCGCUGGCCUACAUCUUGGCUCCGGGGGCAUACGCACGGAGCCCGUUGAUCCGCCGGAUUCACGGCGUAGGACGGCAGAUCAUCCGACAGUCGUCAGCAGAAGCUGCAGAUUCUGCGGCAUCUUCAUCGUCAGAUUCUUUCACUUCUCUUUCCAGCUCAGCAUCUUCUGCCACGUCAUCAUCUUCAUCGUCGGCGCCUCCGAAGCGGGAAAACGGCAUCCCCAUCGUCUUCAUGUACGGCGACCACGACUGGAUGGACGCGCGGGGAGGCUACGCGGCCAAGGCGAAGAUUGAAGAAGAGAAGCGCCGUAUCCUCCGCAACGCCAGUCCGGAGGAGCGCGAAGCGGACAACGGCUCGGCGAAGGUGAUCAUCAUCAAGAAAGCGGGCCACCACCUGUUCCUGGACGCGUGGGAGGAGUUCAACGAGGUAGUCCUGGAGGAGAUGGAGGAUGUGCGACGGAGAGAGGAGAAGCAGAGGCAGAGGCAGAAUACCUACCUACAUAUGUAUCUGCCUAGGAAUUUAUUUAUUUAUUUGUUUAUUGUCAAGAUGGUUUGGUUUAAAUACCAAGAUAUUAGUACGUAUGUCACCUCACGUCGGACCAGACGAACAGCUUCGUCUUCUUCUUCUCUGUCGUUGGACAAAAAGAGGUCUGCUACUGCUACCUGCAGAAUAAGAAUGAGAGACGAGAGACGACGUGGUGACGGAUCGCCGGUGUCGUCGACGCUUGGUGAUAGACAGCCAGGUUUGGUCGUCAGCAUCAAUGCCAAUGCCAAUGCCGGUGCCGUUGUCAAUGCCACUACCCUCCGGGCUGAUCGAGUUGGGAGGAGUUUUCCUGUUGUCGCUGAUGAAGUUGAUGAAGAACGAAGACGAAGACCAAGAAGACAGUUCUUGCGAUGGCGUCAAUGCCAACUUUUCAUGAUACUGCUGCUGCUGCUGUCAUUUGAUCGUUCCUCUAGAAAAUAG